AUGGAGGGCCUAGCACCUGUCCUGUGGGCUUUGCUGGUGUCCGCGGAGUUUGCUGGCGGCUACACUGAGCCAGAAGUUUUCAGGGUUGGGGGGUGCUGCUGGCUCCAGCGGUCUCCACUCCGUGGCUGCCCUACAGGUGGGAACCUAACCUGCUUCCAGUGCUUCAAGGUCACCAGCUUCUCCCAGUGCACCGUCUCGAAGUGCGAGCACUCCGACCACGUCUGUAUCUCCAAUACCAUCGUCUUCACCUACAGGACCAGGAGUCAAGCUCUGAUUGUGAAGAGUUGUGCACCCAGAUGUCCCAACACCAACUCCAAAUAUGAAUGGAUUGUAGGAGCUGACAUCAAAAGUACAAUCAUCCGAGCCUGCUGUUCCAAGAGUCUGUGCAACCAGGCACCCACCACCCUAGAGGGACCCUGGGCCCAAAGGCUGCUUCUGCUGCACAUGGGCCUUGGCCUCCUCUGGGCCCUGCUGUAAGGCCUCCACCCACAGAUCCACACUCUCCCUCCCUCUGCUCUUUCCUGCCAACCCUUUCAGGAUACCAAGUGGACCCUUUCUACUUUUCUUUCCUCUGAGGAAAGAGGCUGUCCUUGUGCCUGGACCUGGUCAGGUAGUCCAGAAACUUAACUCCAUCCUUUGACAGCUUGGGGUAGUAGGAUUUGCCUGCUGGAGGUUCCUAGCCUUGAAAGAACUACUGACACAGUCCAGUUUCCAUGACAGGCAGAGUGGGGACAUGACCAGACUUUGUGGCCUUCCUCAGGCCCCUCUCAUUCUACUGUUCUGGCCACUUCUG